AGUAGCCUGGAAGGGGGUGGCCAUUUUUAUAAAGCAGGAAGUGAGUCGUGUACACCAAAGUGAUCAUGGCAGACAACUACAGGGACUAUAAUCUGACAGCGGACCAGCAGGCCGUUAAAGCCAAGUAUCCGCCCCUCAAUAAGAAAUAUGAGUAUCUGGAUCACACAGCUGAUGUGCAGUUACAUGCCUGGGGAGAUACUUUGGAAGAGACAUUUGAGCAAUGUGCUAUGGCCAUGUUUGGCUACAUGACGGAUACAGAGACUGUUGAACCCUUGGAUACUAUAGAAGUGGAGGCAGAAGGACAUGACCUCCCUUCUCUUCUCUAUAACUUCUUGAAUGAGUGGCUGUAUAAAUUCAGUGCUGACCAGUUCUUCAUACCCAGGGAGGUGAAAGUGCUUUACAUUGACCGAAUGAGGUACAAAAUAAGGUCCAUUGGGUGGGGGGAAGAGUUCUCUUUACCCAAACACCCUCAGGGUACUGAGGUCAAGGCAAUAACUUAUUCAGCAAUGCAGAUCUAUGAAGAAGAUACUCCAGAAGUGUUUGUCAUCAUUGAUAUAUAAAACAAGAAGAGAACUGCUGAAAGAAGUGAAUGCUUGUCAGUGCUGGCAAAGGUCCCACACAGACUCUGACAUCUGUCAGGAAAUAAUGGAAAAAUUGGCUAUAAAUGUAUUGUAAUACUUGGAACCAAUAAGAUGCUCCCUCAGCUGGGAGGAGGAACCACAGGGAAUAGCCACCUAUGAUUUUACUCUGAGGAUGGUGAACCAGGCUGGGAACUGCAUAUCUAGAAAGGAGAGCUAGGUUUCUCUGGUGAGAAGAAAGGGAUUUGUAGGGAGUCUCUCGGUAGCACUGAUACUUUAUAUUGAUUUUUAAAGGCCAGCAUUGGUACUGGGUUCUUUUUGAAUGUAGGUGUGGGAAAUCAAAAGGAGGUUAUUUUUAUUAGCCAAAAUAUAUAUUUUAUUGAGAUAGCAGGAGGGGGAGAAGACGAGAUUGUAAUAGCUCUGCACACUUUUGCCUGCUUUUAGAGAAACUACCUCUCCUCUGUUUUGUGCUGCUAUGAUAUAGAUUUUAAUUUGCUCAUUCCAAAGUGGCAUCUCUGUUUCACUUUAUUGAAAGCCUCUGAGGGUAUGUCUACACAACAAAGUAAAACCCAGGGCUGGGCUGUGCCAGGCGACUCAGGCUCUGGGUGCGGGGCUGUUUCACUGCUGUGUAGACUUUCAGGCUGGCGCCCAGGCUCUGGGCCCCUCCUGCCUCACAGGGUCCCAGAGCUUGGGCCCCAGCCCAAGCCUGGAAGUCUACACAGCAGUGAAACAGCCCCACGAGCCUGAGUUGGCUGGCAUGGGUCAGCCACAAGUGUCUCGCUGGGGUGUAGACUUACCCUGAGAUCUCUGCUGCUAGUCUGGUCUAAUGAAUGACUUUUAACAUGGUAAAUCCUUUUCCACAUGUCUGUGUUAAAAUGAAAAGAUGCCACUAGGUGGUGCUGGAUCUCUAUAGAAUACUGGUGUAAUGACGCGUGUGUCCCUGUGAGUGUGUAGUUCAGUACUAAUGUUUCCUCUUGCCCUUCUCACAAGUAGAGGCUGCAUUCAGAGAGCCUACCAGGAUCUGCAUGUCCCAGAAUAAUUAGAUUUUGGAAUACAAAGGGCACUUCUCUCCUGUUCCAGUGAUGGCAGUCAAUAAACUGGCUGGUGCUUCUUUCAUAAGACAAGACCAUAGAACAGUACAGAAUGUUCCUCCACUGUCGGACAAUGCAUUAUAAUGCAGGAGGCAAACUCUGACUACACACACUUCUCUGCAGGAAAGGUGUUCAAACUUCACCUUUCUUCAUCGUGCUACACAAUUCUGAGCCCUUGCAUGUAAACAGUGCAGAAGGUUCUUUGCCUUUCUUUAAAUGCUAAGAUAUAUUUUGAGUUGGCCUUUACCAGCAAGGGAUGGUUGUGAGUAUGGUAGUGGGGAGGAGAAAAAGAAUAACUACAGCACUUGGAGUUUUUUGGAGGGCAGGUGUGAGUAAAUUUUAUGUGCAGCAACUCUGCCAGAGCUGUGUGAAAGGAGCUUUAGGGCAAACUAGAAUUGGGACCUAUAUCUUUCACAGUAAUAUACAAGUUAACUGUGCGAGUGAUGGUCCUUUGCUGUUUGAACAUUACUGCAUAUAGGGAUCCAUAUGAGACAAUUAACUUUUUUUUUUUUUUUUAAUGACUGCUUAUGAGCGCUCCUUUAUUAUCAGCAUAAGGGCCAGGAUCUUUGAAAAGGGAAGGAGCAAAUCGCAGACUGGUAUCAGUAACAUCUCUUCUGCAGCUGUCUCUAAGUUUGGCUCAGUAUAGCAUGUUCAGAACUAGGGUAACCAGACAGCAAGUGUGAAAAAUUGGGACAGGGGUUGGCGGUAAUAGUUGCCUAUAUAAGACAACAACAAUAGUUGCCGAUAUAAGACAAAGUCCCAACCAUCGGGACUGUCCCUAUAAAAUUGGGACAUUGUCACCCUAAUGAACCCCACUGCCCACUACCUCAAAAAGGAAGCAUCUAUCGUACUAUAACUAGGAAAGGUUUAAUAUUGUGUUCAAUACCCUCCAUUCUUCCAUU